UUAGGUAUAAGCCGCUGUCUUUCUUUUUCCGGACAGACACCGCGAUCGCUUAUACGGGGACCGGAAGUGAGUGAAUGAAGAACGGCGGCCACCGAGUGAUUGCUGCGGAGAGGUCUGGUUUAUUUUCAGUAGCCAACCAGAGUCAUUUUUUGUACUUGCCCAAUAAAGAACGUAUUGUAGCACGACCCGUGAACGCGCAUAUGCGCGUUACCGCGAGAGUCGGAAAUCGCACAAAAGAAGACCAAUGGCUGAUGCAGUACAUUAUAUCCACCUUCAAAACUUUAGCAAGUCUCUCCUAGAGACUCUUAAUGCCCAACGUUUGGGUGGUCAUUUCUGUGAUGUUACUGUUCACAUCCAUGAUGCAACUCUGCGAGCACACAGAUGUGUAUUGGCUGCUGGAAGUCCCUUCUUUCAUGACAAGCUUCUGCUGGGCUACUCUGAGAUUGAAGUCCCACCAGUAGUACCCACUCAGGUGGUACAACAGUUAGUAGAAUUUAUGUACAGUGGUUCCUUGGUUGUUGCACAGUCUGAAGCCUUACAGAUUUUGACAGCAGCAAGCAUUCUACAAAUUAAAACAGUCAUUGAUGAAUGUACACAAAUCAUAUCUCAGAGCCGGUCCAACAAGCCAGUGUCCAUUGCAAGUGCGUUGUCAUGUGGUCCUCAAGGUAGAUCUUCCAAUAACAAAAUUCAAGAACAGUCUGCUAAGGAUGCCGAAGCACCAAUAAUGGGUCUAAGAGACUCUGGUUGUUCAGUGCCAUCUGCUUUAAGAAACAGUGACAUACCAAUCAUAUCUCAAUUAGGUUCUGUCAAUGAAGGUCCUAAAAUAUUGUGUGCUUCAGAGAUACGGUACAAAUUAAGAGAUAUGCUUUCAUCACAACAAAGACAGCUAUCUGACGUGAGAGAAGUAACUGUGUCUGAGGGAGAACCAGUAUCAGAUGGGGAAGGCAUAUCAGCAACUUACUUAACACAGGCAGAAGCGCCACAGAGCUGUCAUAGUCGAAAACAGCGUCAGCCAGUGCGCCUUCAACUUUCUGAUUCUCUUCCUGUGAUAAUUAAAGAUGAAGAUGAAGAAGAUGAGACUGUUGAUGAUGAUGAAGACCAUAAUGGGAGAGAUGGAGAGGAAGAAGAAGAGAAAGUUAAUGUAUUCAGCGAGUGUGGUUCUAGUUUUCCAAGUUGUGUAGAAAAUGAAAAAGUCAGAAGUCCAGAAGAAAAAGAACCCAAUGCAGGAACUGAGCAAAAAGACUCCUCUGGACAGAUGGAAUUUACGCCAGAGGGAACAGAUUUUUUUACUAACCAGGAUGUAUUCUCUGAAACAUUUAUACCUCCUUGGCAGAAUGAGGAAACCAUUGCUGAAGGAGCUAGGGAGAGCUCAGUGGACAAUGAGAAAUUCCGCCCAGAUUGCAGUUUAGAUGGUUCAAGCUUAAGAAAUUUAGCAGUGGUUGCUAGCUCAGAUUUUAAAUCAAGUCCUCCUUUCAACUCUCGAGCUGGUGAAUCCAGAGGACUUCCAUUUGUGACAUCUAUCUUAAGUAGAGAUUUAAAAAACUCGGCAGCUGUUGGUUCAAACACUUCAAGCAUCUUCCAGUUUCACUUAACCCAUCCUAACCAGACACAGUCUGGAAUAACUCAAGGUUUCUUCAGUGUUCAGCAAGAAGGUUCCACUAAUGUUGUACAAAUGAGUUCAAAUAUGAUCUCUGGGUCCUUACAGAAUGACCCAGCACAACGUCCUGGACCUUCACGUAACCCAGACCCUUCCUAUGUAUGCAGCCAUUGUCAGAAGACCUUUAGCUCUCGGAAAAAUUACACAAAACACAUGUUUAUUCAUUCAGGUGAGAAGCCCCAUCAGUGCAGCAUCUGUUGGCGAUCGUUUUCCUUACGAGAUUACCUGCUGAAACAUAUGGUCACUCAUACAGGGAUUCGUGCUUUCCAGUGCUCAAUCUGUUGCAAGAGAUUCACCCAAAAAAGCUCUCUGAAUGUCCAUAUGCGCACUCAUCGGCCCGAACGUUUUCAAUGCUGCUUCUGCAACAAGUUUUUCUCCCACCGUACACUUUUGGAGAGACAUAUCGCUACACAUACAGCAUGAGCCCUAAGCCUUAUAUACCUGACUGUUUAAGUGUUCUAGUGCACACAUGGGGUGGCUCGUAGCCCACUUUGUCGGAGUAUGCUAGAGUAAUGGAAAGCAUGAUGGCGACUGGAGUGUUAUUUGUGAUGUUUUGCUGAGACGUCCCGUAUCAGAACAAUACUGGGAAGCUUUCAGUUUUUGUCUUUACUGAGCACUUACAUUGCAUGUCAAAAAUUCCAAAGUGACAUAUAACUUCUAGUUAUGCAAACUGUCAAAAAAGCUGUCUCUGUUUUUACAAAUUCUGUUUUGUGUGUUCAUUUUUUUUUUAAAUAUUUUUUUUGAACCACGAGCAUGAUUCAAAUUGCUUUUAUUUACCUUUCUGGUAAUGUAGGAGUUAAAAACCAGAAAGUAAGUUGCUUAGAACUUACAGCUUUGUUUUAAUAGACUUUGACUACUUGUAUACUCUGCAAAGGCAUAUCGUCUCUGCACCUAAUUUAAGAAAAAGCAAUUUCAUGGCAUUGUAAACCUAUCUUCUGGAUUGUACGAUCUUUAUGACCUUGGGAAUCUUGCUAUGAAACUACAAUAAUAUUUUAAAAAAAAAAAAAAAAAAGCAAAAAAUCCACUGGAUGUAAAUUGAUUACUUGGGACCCGUUGUGUUGUUUAUUGGUCAAUUCAGUAUAUACUUUUCCAAUAUACUACAUGAAGCAAUGUAAAAACUGUGUGAUUGGACCCCAGUAUAACAUAAAUACUUUUGUAAUGCAUUGCUGUUAAACCAUUACCUCUGCACUGAUUUAUUUCAGGCUUUCCACUAAUUUUUGCCAAUGUGGAAACAAAUUUUAGCUCUAUUUUGAGCUACAGUGCAGGGGGCAAAUUGUAUUUUAAUGUUUUGCAAAUUUAUUUACCUUUUAUUAUACUAAGGUCGAAUACCCCCACUUUUAAAAUAAGUUUUGUCUGUUUAAAUGGAUUUUAAACAGUUUGUUUCAUUGUAGUGACAAAAAAGCACUAAGCAGUGGCUUAUACUCAAUAUAAAUCAUUGCAAUAUGUAUUAUUCAUCAUUUUAAGAUGAUUUUACAUUUAGUGCUAAUUUUGCAAGAAAACAAAUAAGUGGAUUGCUUUUUUUUUAACACAAUUUGUUUCAUUUUAGGUUUACUUUAAUUGAAAGUAAAGAAAUAAUUGUUGUUACUAAAUAAGUACUGCUUUAAAUCCCUUUAAGUUAAUAUCACAUUCGGAAGAGACAUUUUGAGCAUUUAAAAAAGUUUGGGAAUAUAGUUCAGCCUUUAUAGAUGGGACCAGAUUAUAGUCCACUACACUGAUUAUCACUAUAGAAUGUGUAGUGUGUUUGAAUUGUGAAACAAAUGUUAGCGUGUUUUAGUUUUUUUUUUUUUUUUUUUUUUUAACAUCAAUGACAAAUUUAAAGGCUGAUAUUUUACAAUUAUACUCUUUGCCGCUCUGCCAAUUGGGCAUAUCAAUUGCGUGUCCAUUCAAUUAUUUCUAGAGCAGUGCUGUCCAUCAAUUUUUUUUCCUCUUUGUAGCAAGUCUUGUUUCUGUAAAACUACAUUCUGCUGGCCCAGAUGAGUUUAAAAUUAAUUUAUCGGCAUAAAUACUAGGCCUGAUGGGAAGCAAUAUUAGGGGAUUUCAAGGGUAAUCUUUUAUGCUCUCACCUGCUGUCUUUAUACCUUUUUGCCACUGUCUUUCAUUACCCUGGGUUUCAUUCUUUAUGCAGUAUAUCUGUCUCUGCAUCUUUGUGCAGCUUCUCAUUAACUUCAUCUGUAAUUUUCCUUCACUUUCUCUACACCUUAUCUCUAUCCAUUUCGGGAUAACAUCACAAAUAAAGUGAUAGUAAAUCUGAGCAUUUAAAAAAACGCUAGGAUUUACCAUCACUAAAAAUAAACCAUUUCAGUCGUCACUUACUAGAAAAAGGGUGCUGAACUCACCCUGUGUCGCAAAUAGAUAUCUAAACAACGCCUCCGGCUGCCCAAGGCACAUCACUCUUUACCAAUGAGGAUGUCAGUUGACACGCAUGGCUAUUGGUCAGAGGUGGAAAUGUCACCUCAUUGAAGAAAAGUGCUGUGUCGUGGGCGACCGGAUGCACUGAGUUUAGCCCCCUUUUUUUUUAGUAAGUGAUGACUGAAACUACUGUUUAUUUUUAGUGAUGGUAAAUCCUAGCAAUUUUUAAAUGCUUGGAUUUACCAUCACUUUUAAGUUGGAAAUGUUACAAGCUUAGUUGGUAAUUAACUACAUUGCUGUGAAUAUCUAUUAUGGCUUAUGAUUAGACUCCUGCUGCUUGAAGAUUUAAAAAAAAAACACAACCCCAAACCCUAAUUCACUUGGUGAUCACUUCCGUGAAAUUCCGAUAUACAAAAGACAUUUUACAAUGACAUCACAAUCUUAAACUGCAUGUGGUCAGAAUUUCAGUGAAAAUACCAGCUUUAAGCACCAACACAUGUUGCUACUUAAAAGAUCCAAAAAACCGAUGUUUUUGAACACUAAUUUUAGCUUAAAGGGACAGUCAACACCAUAAUUUUAGUUUUUUUAAAAGAUAGAUAAUCCCUUAAUUACCAAUUCCCCAGUUUUGCAUAACCAAAACAGUUAUAAUUAUACACGUUUUACCUCUGUAAUUACCUUGUAUCUAAGCCUCAGCAGACUGCCCCCUCAUUUCGGUGCUUUUGACAGACUUGCAUUUUAGCCAAUCAGAGCUGUCUCCAUGGUAAAGUCACGUGCAUGAGCUCAAUGUUAUCUAUAUAAAACACGUGAACUAAUGCCCUCUAGUGUUGAAAAACUAUCAAUGUAUUUAGAUUAGAGGCAGCCUUUAAUUAGCAUAUGAACCUCCUAGGUUUAGCUUUCAUCUAAGAAUACCAAGAGAACAAAGCAAAAUUGGUGAUAAAAGUAAAUUGGAAAGUUGUUUAAAAUUACAUGCCCUAUUUGAAACAUGAGUUGUUUUUGGACUUGACUGUCCCUUUAAUACUUUUUUUACUUUUGGCUUUGGCUCCUGCACAUCUGCUCAGAUAGCUGAUUUCAUAUUUAGUUCUUUUUUUUUUUUUUUUUUUAAUGUUAAUUUUUUUUUAAUUUAGUUGUCCCUUUUUAAAACACAUACGUAAUUUUUUUAUAAAUGUAAAUGAGAGAGAGAAAGUUUUUGCGCAUUCACCGGUUCACAUCAACUGCCAGGGUGCUGUAAGAUUAAUGCAGAAGUUCGUAAUAAGCACUCACUGGUCUGCAGUCAGCUUGGUUAAAGUAAUUACUUUAACCAAGCUGACUGCAAACCAGUGAGUGCUUAUUGCGAAUAUAUAUAUUGGGCCAGAUUGGUUAUCAGACAAAAUAGGCGGCUACCUUUUACGUAGCUUUAGAGAGAGGGUUUAAUUUGCAUUAAAAUUAGUAACUUUUUUUGUAGGGGGAAAAUAUAUAUAUUUAUUUUUUAUUUUUUUAGAUAUUUUUUUCUGGCAAUGCCAGCAAGACACUCAUUUUAUUUAUAGAAAACUUGCUUCAUGUGCAAUUUAUCCAGAUUUUUUUUUUCUUCUUAAAGAAUUUAUAACCAGUUGUCACACUAUUAUGUAAAAGAUUUGCAAAACUAGACCUGCAAACACAGCUUUGUCUUCUCAAAAUUGUGUGUGCUUGUGCAUAAAUGGAGUCUACUUCCUCUAAAUGCCCAAAGGUCAACCAAUAUCACUCUAUCAUUUAGUUGUAAAUCCUAUUUGUAAUUUUCAGAUUACAUUUUAUAAUAUGAGCACACACCCUCAGACUUAGGAAAUUCCCUUCUACACAAUCGUUCUUAAAGUAUUUGCUGUAUUCCUUUAUAUUCUUACAGGAAAUAUACACUGGUUGUCUUGAUAAUGUUACAGUGGUCAUUAAAGCUAGUUUGCUUGACCAGACCAUUCUAAAACCUUUGAUUUUAUAAUUCUGAAAUAUAAAAUGUGGAUUAUCCACGUGGGAAAGAAGUACUUUUUUUUUUUUAAGGGCAUUUAACUUAUAAUUUACACAUUCUUUAGUGAAUGCCAAUAUACAUGGGAAGGAAAAUUUCCCAUUCUACCAUAUGGUCCAAUUCUCUAAAACUCUCUGGUCUGACAAGAUUAUCUAGAAGUCAUGUCAGUACUUUAAGGUGCCUCAAAGAAUUUUAGAAAGGCAAAUUUUAGCUUGUGAGCUGUUUAUCUUGCUAUGCAGGGUUCUAGAUAUGAAGGAGGAACACCUACAUAAAACACUUUAAAAAAACAAACAAAAAAGUCUGUCCAUGCUGGCAAGUUUUUGAUUAUUGGGCCUUUAGAGAGAGUGCAUUAUAUGUUACUUAAAUGUCCUCUGCUUUUAAAUACUCGUGUAAAUAGUAUAUUUACUCAGCUUAUAACAUAUUAUGAUGUCCUAUUUAUUAAUGUGUGUGAAUUGCUGUUACUCUGUCUGCAAAUGUGACAGCGCGUAAAUAGUUUAAAAGUGUUGUCAUCCAUUAAAAAAAUGCAUUUUCAAUUGAAUAUGUUAAGAAGUAUUAAGUAAUUUAUGGCACUAAUAAGUUGUUUGCAGGUUCUACAACCGGUUUUAACCAUUUUUUUUUAAGUGUUACACAAUUGGUAUGGCAGGUAUGACAUGUAUACAGUGAGUUUGCCUGCUUUUCAUAUUUAGUUGAGUUGCAGUACCUAGUUUUGUAAAAUUUAAAGCUUUAAUAUUUAUCCAUAAACACAGCUUUAUUUAACUAAAUACAAAUCUAAUUAAAAAUGUAGACCCUGCAUAACAUCUUACUUAUUUAAAUAUUCAAUACAUAAUGUAGCAGUUUCAUAUCAAGUUUAGUGUGUGUUUGCAUGUAAAUGUUAUUUAAAACAAAGUUGGGAGAGAAUUUUAAUUUUUACAUACCCCUUAUUUGUUAACUUUUUUUUUCAAAAUCUAAUGGACUGUUGUCUUAACAGAUAAUGCAGUAUGCGCAUAUGCGCUUCUACAAAUGUUUAAUAUUACACCUGACUGUUGAAAUUGUGAAUGAGAUUCAUAAAGCAUUAUUUGAAGGCCUAUUAUUUUGUGGCCUACUAUGUGUUUUCAUUGACUCUGUGAUUUGCAUUUUAUAUGUCCAAAACUUUAAACAGUGUAAAACCAUAUAAAAGUAAUAAAAAUAAGUUUUUCCUAAGAAUUAGAAA